GAAGGACACGUCUGACUGGUCAGAAUCAGCUAAUGGAUCUUUGCAAAUGGAUGCUCUCUCCUUGGAGUCUGCCAGCAAGGAAGCCUAUUUCAGCAGAGUAGAAACUUUCACCCCGCUGAAGUGGGCAGGCAAACCCCAUGAGCUGUCUCCCCUGGUUUGCGCCAAGUACGGCUGGACCAACGUGGAGUGCGACAUGCUGAAGUGCUCCAGCUGCCAGGCAUUCCUCUGCGUGAGCCUGCAGCUCGCGUUUGACUUCAACAAGUAUAAGGAGCGCUGCGUGGAGCUGAAGAAGGCCUUGUGCACCGCUCACGAGAAGUUCUGCUUCUGGCCGGACAGCCCCUGCCCAGAUCGCUUUGCCAUGUUGCUGGUGGAUGAGCCCAGAGCCCUUCUCCAGGACUUCCUGGACCGCUUUCAGAGCCUGUGUCAGCUGGAGCUGCAGCUGCCUGCCCUCAGACCAGAAGACAUGAAAAACAUGUCCCUGACGGAGGAGAAGAUCAGUCUGCUCCUCCAGCUGAUUGGGGAGGAACUAGAGCACAAAAUGGAGGGAGAGAAACCACCGAUGAAGUUUGCCACGGAAAUCCUGCAAGUGCACGUUCCUGCCUGCAUCCUGGCUGUGUGCGGCUGGACUUGCAGUGCUGCGUCUGGCUCCGUGCACCUCUCGGUGAUCACCUGCUCCCGCUGCAUGAGGAAGGUGGGACUGUGGGGCUUUCACCAGCUGGAGUCUGCGGGGCCGGAGCUGGACUCCUGCAGCCCAAGCAGUGCUCCGCUGGCACCCGCCGAGCGCUUACCACUCGUGCCCACGUCUCCACGCAGGAUGCUCACGCGGAGCCAAGACACGCUCCCUCCGGGCUCUGAGCAGCACGAGAAGAGCCCGUCCCCGGCCAUCUCUCGCCCGCGGGGUUGGGACUCUCCCAUCCCCGUGGACCGGGGUGAGUUGGAGGUGGCCAGCCCAACUUUGAGGAGUCGCCCUGUCACCCGCAGCAUGGGGCAGGGGGACAAUGUGGAGGUGCCAUCCAGUCCUCUCCGCAAAGCCAAGCGGGCACGGCUCUGCUCCUCCAGCAGCUCGGACACUUCUUUGAGGAGCUUCUUUGACCCCAGCUCACAGCAUCGCGACUGGUGUCCCUGGGUCAACGCGGUGGAGGGAGGGGAAGCCCUGGAGGAUACCGUGACCCGGACGGAGAAGGAGCCUGCAAAGGCAGAGCCGGGCUGGCGAGUGGUACUGAACACGCUCCUCGCCACCAGAAAGUGCGACAGAGUGCCUGAGACGGAGCCUGUGAGUCUCUCGGUGAAGUCCUGCAAGGUGUUCCGCAUUUUCCGGCAGUGGGAGAGCAUGAAUUCCUCCUGA